CAGCAUGCUGUCAUUUCAAUAUUCCAUCAGCUCAACAGUUCAGAGUAGAGUCACAGCAAGAAAAGCAACAUGUGUAACCAUGCAUAACCUGAGAAUUGUUUCACUGGAUUUCCCAGGAUUUUAAUUUUAAAUUGGAAGCCAAAAAAGGUCUCUAAGCUUGAAUGCUGGUGGACAUGUACACAGGCAGCAUGGACAUACAUCUGGACAGUGUAUCCUGAAGAACUCUAGCUGCUGGUGAGGCCUUGCAGCACAGCCUUACAGUAUUUGUUGCAGCACUGUGCUGCUGAGGAAUUACGGAUCCAGUCCAGAUCGACUAUGCUGAUCCGGCACCGAACUUUGUGAGAUCGCUCUGAAAGAAAUAAACCAGACUGCCGCUCUUCAGGCCAAGGACCCUUGUCAUCUAUAAGAGCAGCAAUCAAGAGAUCACUCAUGAAUAGUGCACAUCAAAAAUGCCCCGUGGAAGAGCUUCUCGGACCUCUAACCAUAGUGAGCAGCAGAGGGAUAGAAGACGUCCUGAAAUUACAAUAGUUGCUGCUGAACCCCUCCGGCCGUCCUCCUGGUUUCCGGGUGUAAGCCCUGUCUCUCCCCAGGGUUUAGGAUUCCCUUCUGCUUCAUCUCAUGCUCAGUGGAGAGCAAAUGAGUUUAUUCCAGCUGAGCUUCCACCAUCUUAUGAGCAGGUGAUAAAAGAAAUCAAUCAAGUGCAAGUCAACGCAACAAAUAACAAUAAUGCUGCUGCUCCUAGACAUACCACUACUUCUGCAACACAGACUGACUUUCCAGAGGAACUAAUUACCUGUUUUCCAGGAAGUAAUGUAAGAAACAGUCUGCCUGCAUGCUGGGAAUCUGCAAGCUGUCCAGCAGGGCAGAGUCCUCUCAAACCUCCUAGGCCUUCCGCAUCUCUGCUAAAUAGGUCUCCUUCAGAAAAUGAGACUCCCUUAAUAGUCUAUGAAAUUUCUGAAGGUCAGAGGUGCCAAGAAAAUCCCAAUGCUGUGAUAUUUCCUGUGCCAAAGCCAAGAUCAAAAAGCAAUCUUAGACCUGUGGUCAAAAAUACUGAAAGCAGAAUACUAGACAAUGGGGAGGAAGUGAAUCAGGCUACCACAAGAAAGCAGCAGCCUCCAACUCCACGGUCAUCUCUCUUAGAUGAUAGCUUACUGGACAAUCACUUGGCAAUGGACAGCAUGAGUACAGAAAAGAGCCAAAAUAGUAUUGUUUCAAAGAUCAAAGCUUUUGAAUCCCAAGCAACUAAUGAUACCUCAGGAUCAUCAAAAAGACCAGAAAUUGCUCCACGAUCCUUCGCCUCAAGACCUGUAACUGCAAAGAAGCCAGUAGUUGCUCCAAAGCCAGGUGCACGCAGAGUUUCAGGAGAUUGGGAUUCAUGGACAGAAAGCAAGGCAACUCCUUCUUCCAAGGAAUUGCAGCCUCAUCCUGAACUAGUUGGGAACAGUGUUGUAACUAAACCUGAACUACCAAAAAAACCAAAACAUGGCCUUGUGAAAAGUGUUAGUAGCGAUUUUGUUGAUACAAGGAGUGGAUUAGUUGCUGAGAACAGCGAUGGACAAAAGAAAUUUCCUGUACCUGCUCCGAGGCCACUUAUUCCCAAAAAGUCAAGUUAUGUAGAAAAUCUUGCCCUUUCUUUGGCCUCAGUAAAACCAAUUACUGCUGCUCCCCGUCUUUCUGUAUCUGCCCAAGAAAAAGCUUUCAAGUCUCUCGGGGAGUCACUGGCAACAAACUCCUCAGCAUCUGCUUUGCAAAGUAAACUAGAUGUGGAAGGAGAUCUGAUCAGUUUUGAUGAUGAUGUUUUGCCCCUAAGUCCAGUUUGUGUAGUUAAAGAGAGCAGCAGUUCUGAAGCGGUAUCAGAUCCGUUUCAGCUCCUCUCCAAAAGUGAGCCUGCAAAGGAACAGACAGUUCAACCAGCUUUAACCCGGAAACCCACUGUUAUCCGAAUCCCAGCUAAACCCGGGAAAUCUUUAAAUGAAAUCUCACAUAGCCCUCCACCACUUCCUGCUGAAAAGCCUAUUGGGAAUGCCUCUACUAUCACAGUGAGAAAGCCCAGCAAUGGUGAUCAAGUAAAAAAAGUGGAGUCGGAUCGUACAGAACAGUCUGGAACACCUCACCUAGACCCUGCGCUACCCCCAAGGCCUGUGGAUGGAAAGAUUAUACCAGCUCGACCUCCCCCACCUAAAGGUGUUCCUGGAAGGCCACCUCCACCAAAACUCUCUGCAAUCAAGACCUCCUCUCAAAAGGACCCUCUUUUCCGUGCCACUUCUGACAUCGCUUGUGAUAAAAAAAACAGCAAAUUCAGACUGGGACCCAAGAGAGCAAAAAGCCAAGUCUUAAAAAAUCAGGAUCCAGCAUUACCUCCUAGGCCUAAACCGGGUCAUCCUCUCUACAAUAAAUAUAUGCUACCUGUGCCUCAUGGAGUUGCCAGGGAAAACUUUCUUCCCAGGAACCAUGGAGAAGUGUCCUGUAAGGAUUCAGACAAUCCUCCAAAGGUUUCUGACACAACUGCGCCUCAUGCUGUAGUCUUGCAUGAUUUUCCUGCGGAGCAUGCUGAGGACUUGGAGCUUCAUUCUGGAGACAUCGUUUGCCUUCUGGAGAAAAUCGAUGCUGCGUGGUACAGAGGAAAAUGUGGGAAUCACACGGGGAUAUUUCCUGCCAGCUUUGUUAAAGUAGUUCUUGAUGUUCCAGAAGAAAACAACAGGAAAAAAAUACUCUGUUCAUCACAUUGUAAUAAAGGCCCAAGAUGUGUUGCACGCUUUGAGUAUAUUGGAGACCAUAAAGAUGAGCUCAGUUUUUCAGAAGGUGAAACUAUUAUCCUUAAAGAAUAUGUAAAUGAAGAAUGGGCCAAAGGAGAGCUCAGGGGCAUGUCUGGAAUUUUCCCCUUGAAUUUCGUUGAAGUAAUUGAAGAUCUGCCUGAAACAGGUCCAAGAGCAUCACUGAAGAACAAAGUGGAAGUUUCCUCUUCCCUUCCUCAGAACAACAGACAUUCAACAGAGUGGUGUGAAGCACUUCAUGAUUUUACAGCAGAAACCAAAGAUGAUUUGUCCUUUAAAAAGGGAGACUGCAUCCAAAUACUGGAACAAGUAGAUUCAGAGUGGUACAGAGGAAGACUGAACGAAAAGGAAGGGAUUUUUCCAGCAGUUUUUGUUCAGACCUGCUCAGCCAGAGUAGAGAUGUCAAAAUCUCGAGGAGGAAAGAAAGGAAAAGCCAAAGCUCUUUAUGAUUUUCAUGGAGAAAAUGAAGAUGAGCUUUCAUUCAAAGCAGGCGAUACGAUAACAGAGCUGGAAUCUGUAGAUGAGGACUGGAUGAGUGGAGAGAUGCAAGGAAGAUCUGGGAUAUUUCCCAAAAACUUUGUUCAGAUUUUAAAAACACCAUGAAGUUUUGCCUGCCUUCAUACUCCCUGCAUGUGGGAGAGAAUGUUUCCCAUCCCAGAGGCACAGCAAACAAGGACAUCGCCAUAUUUUGACUAUCAAAAUGUUUUGCACUACUUUUUCUAGACAGUCAUACCAGUAUCUUGAAGUCAAAUAAGAAAAUUUGUCUUUUGUGACAGUGUAUUUAGUCGUGCUUUGUGAAUGCUCUGAGAGUAAGUAAAAGCAGGAUAUUUAGCAGAUGCCAACUAGAGAAGUACUGUGGUAAAGUACCAUUUUAACUUAAAUUUUUAACUUGUUCUUAACAUUCUAAUAAGUUUACUAUCUGGUAGUACAUUUAUCAUGUAUAAAGUCUGCAUAAAGUAAGCUUCUUUGAGCUUCUUUAAAAACUGUUUCUUAAAUCUAAAUUAAAAAAUAGUUUUAAAGAUAUAAUUACAGCAUUCAGUAUGUAGAUGAAGUUCAAUAUUCAGGUUUUAUUACUGCUCAACUUCCACACUGAAGUAGAAUCCACUUGUUUUAUGACUUAGAAGAUAAGGAAGAUAAGUUAUCUCUGCAGAAAACUAUUCAAUCUGAAUGAUGGAGAGAAAACUCAGAAGUGAAUCCUUGUGUGUAGUAUUCUUCUGUUCUUAGAUUCAGCUGUUCGUACAGGGGGAUUGGAAAAGCAAAAUGUUUAAAUUUUACUUCUUGAUAGCGUUUAAACCAGUGUGAGUCAUCUCUUAAAACUUUCUUUCCCUUUCCCUGCAGUCCUUUGCAGUUGUAGGUUGUUUUCUCCAACGAGGUUUUCUUCAGCCUUCUUCUCCCGGCUGAAGCGAGCUCAAUAAGCAGCGCCCAGCACAAGCUUCCUCCGAUCCCCUCUCUGCGGUAGCUUCACUAUUUCAGCUAUUUGUGCCCUCCCUCCUGCUGUACGUACGGGGAGAGCCGCUCUUCACUCGCUCUGCGUUUCAUUUGCCACUUUUGAGCGCUGGAACAUACUUCAGUAGUGCUAUUCCUAGCCUUAACAUGAAGGAUGGGGAACAGCCUCAGUUUUAGCUUUCAGCAGCCACAGGGUUUAGUUUUCAGUUUGUUACCGUGUACCAGCCAUGCUGAACGCCACUAUAAAUGGGCCUUAAGGAAAAAAGAAACAGCUGGGGAGACGUUACUUCAAGAACCACUGAAAGAACAAUUUAGUAAAAGUCAGUGUGAUUUGAGCUACAUCAUAAACUAAAGCAAACAUGAUUGAGGUAGCUUCAGAUUAUAGGAACUUCGAGAAGUAAACUUCUUUUUCUGAUACUUGGCUCCUGACAGACUAGUUUAAAUGUGUCUUGAUUACUAGCUAAGUUACUGGAUUAGAGUAUUUUUUUUUUAAAAAAAAAAGUAUGUAUAACAACAAUGCUGCAGUUGGUUGUUUCAGCAUUGGCAGUAUUGCUUUGCUCUUGUGCCAUAGGAAAGGAAGCAGUAAGUUGUUAGCAAGAGGCCUUAAGAGACGCACGUGACCCCUUUCACAAGAAACAAGUAUUUUUUUUUUUUUUUUUUUUUUUGCAGGCCUGGAAAGUCCAGGCUGCCAAAAGGGCCAGGAGCCAAGUGGCGUGUGGAGGUGGUGGGAACCAGAAUCAUCACGAUUGACUUGGGCUGGUUUAACUUAGGCUUGUAUCUGCUUAAAGCUUUAUCGCUGGGAGAUCCAGGCGCGGCACCGAAUAGGUACAGCGGCGGCGGGCUGGGCUGCGUCUAAGCUAGUGUUGAAGCGGGGGUAAGCGAGCCAGCCCGAGGGCAGCCCCCACUCUGCACCCCGGCCUUCCUGGGGCCCCAGGCACGAGCUUUCAGCCAAAACUCACCCUUGUGCUGUUCCAGAAAGCUGGAAACUAGACAGUUUAUACAGCUAUUACUCGAUGUUACCAUACGAACGACCCUGUCCUGCGCUCCUGUGGAAUCAAACUACAACGUAAAUCCACGUCUGAGGACAACCCUUCCCACUCCCCAAGCUUUCCUGUCCGGAAAGGCUGAGGGUUCUUACUGUUUAUUCAGAGAUAACAUGAAUUUCCUUCUAUAGGGCUCCAUGGAAGCAGAGAGAUAGAGGUUUCUGACUGCUGCAAGCCUUCUCAGCCACAAAUUUUCAGUGGAUCACCCUACUAAAACAUGCUGCUUCACCAUGACCCCUGGCAAGGCACCUCUUGAACCUCUAGUAAGCACAAGAGGAGGAGAACAAAAUAAAAUAAAAUAAAAUAAAAACCAGAAUAACUAAGUCCUCCAAAGAGGCGUGUAAUCAUUGUGAAGGUAGGUGAGGGUUAAGUGUACGCUUACUUAUUUUUUGUCUGGCAGUUUUCUAAAACUUUGAUACAAGUCUUAACAUAGAAAUAAAUUUUUAUAUUUUUUCAAUUUCCUCUCCCCCUAUUUUUAUAAUUGUAUAUUGAUCAGUUGUUUUUUUAACUUAUGUUAGGUGUUUAAAUCUGUGCCUGUCAGUAGAUAAGCCCGCUCUGCUUUGCUUUAAUCCUCUCCUCCUUAUUUAGGGCUAGAAGAGCAGCAAAGCCUGAUACUCAGAGCAAGGAGUGCCAUCUGAAGGCUGUUUGCAUGACUGCAGUCAGCUAAAAUCUCUUUUUUGUUAAAUUUGAAGGAAAUUAACUGCUUGGCUUUUACAGAAGCGUAAUUUGUAGAAAAGUAGAAAUGAGGUCACAAAUCAUAACUGCAACGUAGUAGCAAAUCUCAGAUGUAACCUUGAAAUUCAGCUAGGGUGUGAUACAUUAGUAUGCUAGAGAAUGGUUUUUGAUUCACUCGAGGCUUCUGUGGUUUGACCCAUCCUCUGAAAAUACCUUCAGGAGGAAGGCUUUGUUUUGUGUACAGAUAAGUGUCUUAAGUGAAUCUUUGCAAGUCCAUUAAGUUUGUUAUGGUACCACUGUAAAUUAAAAAUGUAUUUAACCAGUAAAAUUUUUUUUAUAAUUAA